CCAAUCGCAUAUUGCGCACAGUAAAUUACUACUCGUAUCUUGCGCCCUACCUUUUAUUUCAGGUGUGCCGUAUAAGGGCCAGUGCAAUGUGACUAUUCAAUGUCUGACGUUAAAUGCGGAUUGCCUCAACAACCAUUGUGAGUGCCCACAAUUACAUGACUUUUAUUUGAAUGGAAAUGACUCUUGUCAGACUAAACCUGCGCUUGGGAUCAACUUAGACUUGAACGUUAUUAAUGAAAGAAAUGAUUCAGUUGAAAUAAAUGCUUCUCUAUCCGUCCAAAACUCGUCCGAUGGCGUCCAAUUCUAUGCGAAACUCAUUGAUGACCCAAACAACCGGACUGAUUAUUUCAAAAUUACAAACGGUUCUUCAACCAUUCGCUUUCGUGAUCUGAUGCCGGCUCAGCGCUACAACAUCGUCGUGUCUCUUUCAAAAAAUGGAGUUCCUAGUAAUGAAAGCGAAACAGUCGCUGUUGUCACAGCGCCCAAUUGCGAGCAUGCAUGGAAUAUAAAAAGUGUGACAGAAACAACGUUCAGAUUUUAUCAAAACUCGACAUUUGAUAGUUUUGAGUUUACCGCCAUAGAGGUGCCUACUUUAGCCACAUUCACAGUCAAUGGACAUAUUUGUUACCAGGCACAGACUUGUGCGUUCCCUAAGAAUGUUUCAGAGUUAGAAGUUAGUGAUCUUGUCUCGGGAUCACAAUGUGGAUUUUCAUUUAAAACGGCAAUGGGAAAAAUGUCAAAUACACGUUAUGCAGUUAGCAGUACUGCUUGUCAGACGUUCACCGGAUAUACAGUGCCCGAACUUCCGGACAUUGACAUACCGAAUGACACUAUAACUGCGUCAAGUUUUAUGGUCCAGUUUGCAACAAAUUCAACAAAAAAGUUCUUUGAAUGGCGUGUAGACGUGUACAAUGAAGCUGGUUUUGUAACCAAUAUGAUUAAGUCAAAUACCACUAACAAAAUGAACAUUUCCGACCAUAUUAACCCAGCUACCACGUAUCGUGUUUCCCUGGUUACUCUCGUGCCGGGACAGAGAAGCACACCAAGAAAUUGGACCAUUUAUACUAGGCCUCUGGACUUAUCGCCAGCUCUACUUGGGAAUGUGUCCACAAACACAAUAACACUGACCUUUGAAACCUGGCGAUUUAAUGUUUCGUUUACACAUAUUACUGUUCUUGUCAAUUAUUCUAAUGCUGAAUUUAAUGGUCAAUGCAACACAACAGUAAUGUCUUGCACGUUUGCUAAACCAACUAAUAAAUCAGAGCUACACUUGUCAAAUCUGACACCUGGGACAUUAUAUAGCAUACGCAUAUUUACCGAAUUUGGUGGGAUGGAAAGCAAAGAACCACAGACUAUUUUAUCAUAUACCGCACCCAACAGUAUAAGUAAGGAAAAUGUUGCGAUCAUGGAAAAGACAACGCGUUUGUUAAAGACGACAUGGCUUUCUGUAAAUGGCUCGAUCAGCGGAUACAUUGUAAUGUUUACGUGCCAAAGCCCGAACUUCAACACAUAUACACAGAGUUUCAACUCAACGGUGACGGAAAACGAAGCCACCGUUGACGGCCUUGACCCGGGGACAUUCUGUUUUCUAGCUGUUCAAACGUAUCUGAUGAAUGGGAAUGUUGGAACACUCUAUGGUGAAGUGGUGACGAAUGAACUCCCGGAAAGCUCAAUUGAAGCAGGCAAUCGACAAGUUUCAACGACACGUUUAACAGCUCCUGAGAAUGUACACAAUCUGAGGAGUACCAAUGUAACAUCUAACUCAAAGACUCUUCAAUGGUCACUACCGAGCAUUAGAAACGGUAUUCUUCGCUUUUAUACUGCGUGGGUUAAUGACACAAACAACACGUGCGUACAAAGUGCAGUGUGGAAGUGUUCUAAUUGUAGUGAUCAGUCGCCUAAUUCAAACUUUGCGUGUGAGGUCGUCAACACCUAUAACUUUUCAGCAGAGGAACCGCUGUCUUGGUCCAUAACAAACUUGCAUCCGUUCAGAAAUUACACGGUGUAUAUAGCUGCCUAUACAAUUAUGAUAGGGUCGUACUCCGAUGUAAACAUGUCCACUAAUAAAUCCAACUAAUAAAUCAGAGCUACACUUGUCAAAUCUGACACCUGGGACAUUAUAUAGCAUACGCAUAUUUACCGCAUUUGGUGGGAUGGAAAGCAAAGAACCACAGACUAUUUUAUCAU